AUGCCCAAUAUUCCAGCCGAUGCCCGAUGGGCACAUAAUGGAGUGACCGUUGCUGGUGGUCGUGGAGCGGGCAGUGCCACCAAUCAACUCUGGAGUCCUUAUGGUCUCUUCAUUGAUAAUGACCAAACGAUGAUCAUCGCUGACUGGUUGAAUGAUCGUAUCGUUCAAUGGAAGAUUGGUAAUAUGAAUGGACAAGUCGUAGCUGGUGGCAAUGGCCGUGGAAGUCAAUUGGAUCAAUUGGAUUUGCCAACUGAUGUGCUGAUCGAUAAGGAGACCAAUAGUCUCAUUAUUAAUGAUCGAGACAAUCAACGAAUCGUGCGAUGGUCUUGUCGCCGUGGCACAACUCACGGAGAAAUCCUCAUCGACAACAUCGUUUGUGGAGGAUUAGCCAUGGAUAAUCAGAGAUAUCUGUACACCUGUCAUACUUGGAAAGCUGAAGUCAGACGAUAUCGAAUAGGAGACCACAAUGGAACUCUUGUGGCUGGUGGUAAUGGUGAAGGUGCUGGUCUCAAUCAACUUAACUUUCCGACCUUCGUCUUUGUCGAUCAACAACAGGCUGUCUACGUGUCGGACAACAGGAAUCAUCGUGUGAUGAAAUGGAAUAAAGGUGCAAAAGAAGGAAUUGUCGUCGCUGGAAGUCAAGGCGAAGGGAAGGCUUUGACACAAUUAUCAUAUCCUGAAGGACUUUUUGUCGAUACAUUGGGUACUCUUUAUGUGGCAGAUUCAGGGAAUCAUCGAGUCAUGCGUUGGCUUCAAGGAGCAAAACAGGCCACUGCCAUUGUGGGUGGGAAUGGCCCAGGAGCAGAAACAAAUCAGUUUGACAGUCCCAAGAGUUUGUCCUUCGAUCGACAUAGCAAUCUCUAUGUUGCCGAUUCUUGGAAUCAUCGUGUUCAACGAUUUUCUAUCAAAUAA